AUGGCUGCAGCUCCUUGCGUGCAAGCGUUGGAGCAGCGCCUUCCUACUUCGCCGGUUAGCCUUCCAUUUUCGUCGCUCCACCGUCACGCCGACGGACGGCCGAGAAACCGCGUCAGGGUCAAGCUCAACGACGAGGCCGCGUUUUUCCAACCGCUGACGGCUAGCCGUCAAGUCUACGCCGGCGUGACCGUCAACGCAGCCGGAGGAAACGGGGCGACGAUCCCGACAAGCGAUUUACCGCCGGAGGAGAAGCAGAAAGACGUGGCCAGAGACAGUGGGGAUGGGGCAGGGGCAGCUGGGAGAUCCUCGGGAGCUUCCGAGGAGAAAAAGAAGGAGGAGGUGAUGACGUUGCCGACUAUCCUAACGAUCGCUCGCGUCGUAGCAGUUCCCGCCAUAAUUCCCGCGUUCUUCUUCACCCCGGGAAUCGCCACCGCCAUUUUCAUCAUGGCCUCGAUCACUGAUUGGCUGGACGGGUACCUGGCUCGGAAAAUGAAUUGCAGCUCCGCUUUCGGGGCUUUUUUGGACCCUGUUGCGGAUAAGCUAAUGGUCGCAGCAGUGCUCGUCCUUCUCUGCACCGAACCCCCUCCUGUGAUCCCCUUCCUCCCAUGGGCCCUCCCUUCGUGGACCAUCCCACUCCCCGCCAUCGCCAUGAUUGGCCGAGAGAUCGCCAUGUCAGCAGUCCGGGAAUGGGCGGCAGGGGAGGGAGAGAAGCUGAAAAGGGCUACUGCGGUUAGCGGAUACGGCAAGUGGAAAACGGCCACGCAAAUGGUUGCAAUUACGGUGUUGCUCGCCAUUAGAUCUCCCAUGCUACAGCUACCAGUUAUUGGACCAUUAAUCGGUACAUCAGGGGUGGUGCUUUUGUACACAUCUGCAGUUCUCGCUGUUGCCUCUUUUGCCAUCUACAUUCGAUCUAUCGCGGCCGCACUUCGCAAUUUGUAA